CAGGACGCCGUCAGGACGCCGUCGGGACGCCGCCAGGACGACGCGCCGCGGCAGCGCGACGGAGAUCGACUCAUCGACUCGACCCUUCGACACCUCGACACUGCGAAAUCGAAAAAGCGCGCGAAAGUGAGGUGCCCGUUUCGAAUCCGACCUCCGCGCACCGGACGCGCGCGCGCGGCGUCCACCGGGCCGCGGACCACGCCGUCGACCACGUCCGCCGUCCUCGAAGACUAGAAGCAGGCCUCCAUCGCCAUGCCGCAGAUGCUGUCCGUGCACCUGGACCGCGCGAGCCGCACCGUCCCCUGGGGCAUCCAGCUCGGCGGCGGCUGCGACGCCAAGAUCCCCCUGUGCAUCACGGAGGUUGACGGCGAGGCCCUGGCGACCCACCAGCUGUGCCCCGGCGACGAGGUGCUGUUCGUCCAGGGCGUGGACGCCAUGCACCUGCUGGAGUCCGAGGCGCAGGAGGUGUUCCGGCGCGCGGGCCGCACCCUGGAGCUGCUCGUGGCCAAGCCGGACCGGCCCAACACCCCCGUCAGGGUGCCCGAGCCCAUCCGGCUCACCGCCACACCCGAGCCGGAGGACACCCACGACGACGAGGACGACGACGCGCGCAACCGGGGCCGCCAGGACGACGACGAGGACGACGAGCUGAUGCGGCGGCGGGUGGUGGACACGUACUACCGCAUGCGGCAGGACGCCGACGACGGCCGCCGGCAGCAGCGCGUCGUGCGCGAGGACUCCUGGUGGAUCCAGGGCGACCGGGAGGACGACGGCAACGUCCGGCCCACGGACAAGCAGCGCGCUCUGGCGGGCUGGCCGCUGCGCAGGAACUCGGAGGGGAGUGGCGGUCGCCGCGAGCGCAGCGCGGACAGGGCGACCACGCCGAUAAGCAGCACACUGCCCCGGAGAACCAAGUCCCUGAGAGGGCGGCCGAGUCCGGAGCGCAAGGAUUCCUCAAGUCCUAAGAAAACUUUCUUGAGUGCCAAAAACUUUUCCCACUAG